AUGCCCGGAAUCAGUCUCGCAGACACGAUCAAUCAGUUGAGCGUGAACGAUGGAUGGGGUCCGGAACUCACUCCCUCCACCACCCUCGAUGGAGUGCCCUACGCCCCAUUCUCCAAGGGUGACAAACUAGGUCGCAUGGCCGACUGGACGCAAGAAGGCAAGGAAGGAAGAGAUCGAGGCGGUAGACAGUAUGGUCGAAACUACCGAGACCAACAAAUUUACGGUGCCGGAACAUCCUCACUUUUCGCCGUCCAAGUCGCAGAAGACGAAUCAUCUUUCUCGGUUGUCGACAAUACCCGCGCAACUACGAAGACUCGUGUCUUUGGCCGAGGUGGUGUGGCCGUUUUCCGAGGUCGAGGGCAACGAGGCGGCGCCCAGCGCGGCGGAAGAGGGACAUUCCAAAGAGUCGGGCAGGGCCGCAAUGCCGGUCAACAACAGGGCCAGUAUUAUGAUAGCAGAGGCGGUCGAGGUGGACGAGGCGGCCGGCGAUUCGGCUGGCGAGACUACGACAAGCCACAACGGAAUCGGGAUUCCUCGGUGAACAUCCGGCCCGAAUGGGCGAUGAAGGAGGAAAUCGACUUCAACCGCCUCCACAAGCUCAAUCUUGAGACGUCCGAGGGCGAGGAUCUCGACAGUUACGGAUUUUUGUACUACUACGACCGCACCUACGACAAGGCACCGGUCAAGAACACGGAGCGCAAACUCCAAUCGCUGGAUCGCGCUGCUUACAACGUCACCACGUCUGCCGACCCGGUGAUCCAAGAACUGGCCGAAAAGGAUGAAGCCACGAUCUUCGCCACGUCCGACAUCUUGUCCAUGUUGAUGUGCGCGCCGCGAUCCGUGUACAGUUGGGACAUUGUGAUCCUCAAGCAAGGCAACAAGAUCUUUCUGGACAAGCGACCGGACAGCAGCAUCGACCUGGUGACGGUCAACGAGAACGCGGCCGAUGCCCCUCUCGAAGCGGACUCGGCCAACACUCCGUCCCAACAGCAGACGGGCGUCAAAGCAGACAGCAUCAACACGCCCAGCAACCUGGCCGUGGAAGCGACCAUGAUCAACCACAACUUCGCCCUCCAAGUGGUGAUCGAAGAUCCCAACAACAAGAUUGAAUUCCCCCACCCGAACCCCUUCUACAGCGCCAGCGACGAGACCGAACCCCUGGCCUCCAAGGCCUACCGAUACCGCCGGUUCGAUCUCUCGCUCGAACGCGACGACGAGCCUCUGCACCUGAUUGUCCGCACGGAACUGGACGCCGCGACCAAGAACAACAUCUCCGGCGACAACCAGAUGUUGGUGGUCAAGGCUCUCAACGAGUUCGACCACAAGGCCCAAGGCGCCGGCGGCGCGCUGGACUGGCGCACCAAACUGAACUCGCAACGCGGUGCCGUGGUGGCGACCGAAAUGAAGAACAACUCGUGCAAGCUCGCCCGAUGGACGACGCAGGCCAUCCUUGCCAAAGCCGACCAGAUCAAGCUGGGCUUCGUGUCCCGCGCCAACCCCAAGUCCGCCGCGAACCAUGUCAUUCUCGGCGUUGUCGGCUACAAGCCUCGAGAGUUCGCUACGCAGAUGAACCUGGGCCUCAGCAACGGUUGGGGUAUUGUGCGCACCAUUGUCGACUUGAUCAAGGGCCUGACCGAGGGCGACGACGGCGACAAGAAGUUCGUGCUGGUCAAAGAUCCAAACAAGCCUCUGAUUCGUCUGUAUGAGGUCCCUCUGAGCACGUUUGAGGAUGAUGAGGAUGGCUUGUCGGAUGGUGGAGUUGCGGAUGGCAAGGAUGCCGCUGACGAGGAAUAA